UGAGGAGAUGUUUGUGUUGUUCUGUGGAGAUCAUUCAAGAACUGAACCUGUUAAACACUCAGACCUGCUUUAGAUUUCACUGCUUUAGUUAUGACGCACUUAUUUAUGGUCACCCUACAGCAGCGUAAACACACGUGACUCUGACGUUACUUCCUUCAGAGACGAUGAAUUGGACGUAUUGAGUUUGAACGAGUGUCUAAAAAGUCAGAUCUGUUCUCACAGUCAGAGACUUUCAGGAUCAUUUAAACCUUAAAUUUAAUCUCAUGUAGUCAGGAUUUAAACUCAGGUUCAGUUAUUUCAAUAAAACCAUCCUGAGACAUUUAGAACAAUCGAAGCGUCGGAGUUGAAGAAGACGGAAAUGUCUGCUGUGACUGCGUCGCUCUGCUCGACUUUGCUGUUUGUCGGCCUCUUCGUGUUUGUCUCUGCAGACCAGAAAAACAUCACAGCAAAGUCUGGACAGAACGUCACUCUGACAUGUCGAGCUCCAAACAACAACAUCAUAAUUAUAGAGUGGAAGAAAGCUGACCUGAAGGAAGAAGUAUAUGUCCUUUUGUACCGAGACGGACACUUUGAUCCACAUCACCAGCAUCCAUAUUUUAAGAACCGGGUGGAUCUGCAGGACAAAAAGAUGAAGGAUGGAGACGUGUCUUUGAUUCUGAAAUAUGUGACGAUUAAUGAUACUGGAACAUACGAGUGUAAUGUCCAGAAAGACGGAGACAGUUUGAAGCUCAUCAACAUCAUCACCCUGAGUGUUGAUCCUCCAGGUGAGUGAGUAGAGUUGAGUGUGUGUGUGAUCAGAGGUGAAGCUGCUUCCUGGUUGUUGAUGUUUGUUUCUAAAGAUGUUGUU